CCUGGUUCAGACGGCGGUAGAGUUGUGUUUCUCCGGUGCUCCCGUAGAUGGCGGUGAACCCGUCUUUCUCCGCACUCUGAUGUGGAAGUGCCACGGUGUCUUGUCAUGGAGCUAGCUAGCCAAUGCUAACGUUAGCCGUCUUUCCUCUGAAUGUUUACUGUACAGCAGCUGUGCUAACGUCGGGUCGCUUGUCUAUUUACCGUUUUGUAUAAAUCGGAUUUUAUUUUUCUCUUGAGUGUGUAGGGUCACCUUAUGAAACCACCAAUCUGGAUCGCGGCGGUAGUAAUAGAAAGAAGAUAGAGGAAUUCUCUAGGUCUUCUCGGGAGAAACUUCUUCAGUCCAAAAACAAGAUGUUUUCCAAAUUCACCUCCAUCCUCCAACACGCUGUGGAGGCGCUGGCGCCUUCUCUUCCUCUCCAAGAAGACUUUGUCUACCACUGGAAAGCUAUCACACAUUACUACAUAGAGACGUCAGAUGACAAGGCCCCAGUGACUGACACCAACAUCCCAUCUCACCUGGAACAAAUGCUGGACAUUCUGACCCAGGAAGAGGGCGAGCGGGAGUCUGGCGAGACCGGGCCCUGCAUGGAGUACCUUCUGCACCACAAAAUCCUGGAGACCCUCUACACCCUGGGAAAGGCAGAUUGCCCCCCUGGGAUGAAACAACAGGUGUUGGGUUUCUACACCAAGCUUCUGGGGAGAAUCCGGCAGCCUCUCCUGCCACACAUUAACGUCCACAGGCCUGUACAGAAACUGGUGCGUCUGUGCGGGGAGGUCCUGGCUGCUCCCACUGAGAACGAAGAGAUCCAGUUCCUCUGCAUCGUGUGUUCCAAACUCAAACAGGACCCGUACCUCGUCAACUUCUUCUUGGAGAACCGAGCCAAGGCCGGAGCUUCAGCUGUUACCGGGUCGGAGGGUGUCGCAGGCGACGCGGCAGAACCAGGCAAAGCCUCGUCUCCGGACACAGGCCAGCUGGAGGGGGCGAGAGAUGCGAGGGCGGAGCCUCAGAACACCACCCCGUCCAACCACAAUCACAGCUACAACCUGGUCAACUCCCUGCUCAAUCUCACCAAGAGCCCGGAUGGGCGGAUUGUUGUGAAGGCGUGUGAGGGCCUCAUGCUGCUGGUCAGCCUGCCGGAACCUGCCGCAGCCAAGUGCUUGACAGAAAACACAGCACUGUGCCAGCUCCUGACUGACCGACUGACCACCUUCUACCAGGCCCUGCCACUGGCCAUGGAUCCUCUGGACAUCGAGACUGUGGAGUCAGUCAACUGGGGGUUGGAUGCAUAUAAUCUAAAGGAGGAUGCAGCCGCUUUCGUGGGGAAGCGAACGCUCAUCUCCUUCCUCUCCUGGCUGGACUACUGCGAUCAGCUGAUCAAAGAGGCACAAAAGUCAGCAGGGGCGGUGCUAGCUCGAGCAGUGCGGGACAGGUUCUUUGUGUCAGUUCUGGAGCCCCAGCUGAUGCAGGCCUCAGAGUUGGGUAUCCUGACAUCAACGGCACUGCUGAAUCGGAUCAUUCGGCAGGUGACUUCGGAGUCGCUCCUGCUGGAGACCGUGUACUUCAUCUUAGGGGAGGAACGGGCGGCGGAGUCUCUGGCCACCAUUAACCGCAUCCCCCUUAGACACAAGCUCAUCGAGCACUGUGACCACCUGUCAGAUGAGAUCAGCAUCAUGACGCUGCGCUUGUUUGAGCAGCUUCUGCAGAAGCCGUGUGAGCAUGUGGUGCACAACCUGGUGCUGCGCAGCCUGGAGGAGAGGAGCUACGCCGAGAACAAGGGCCCUGAGGAGCGCGAGGCGGUGGAGAACGGCACGCUGCCUGAGGCUGUAGACCUGGAGGAAGACCCUUUGUUCACAGACCUCUCCCCAGACAACAGGCUUUCCAGUCCUGAUUGGCUGAGCGCCUCACCAUCUCAGAGUCCAGACCAUGCAAAGACUGAUGGGAAGACGGAAGUGCAUAAAAUUGUGAACAGUUUCCUGUGUCUGGUCCCAGACGAGGCGAAGUCCUCCUACCAGGUAGAGGGUACAGGGUAUGACACCUACCUGAGAGAUGCCCACAGACAGUUUCGGGAAUACUGUGCUGUCUGUCUGCGGUGGGAGUGGCGGGGAACACCUAAACCUUUUGAGAAGUGUGACCUACAGACCCCGUUUUUUGAGGGGCACUUCCUCAAGGUCCUGUUCGACAGGAUGGGUCGGAUCCUGGAUCAGCCCUACGAUGUAAAUCUGCAAGUGACAUCGGUGCUGUCCAAACUGGCACUUUUUCCCCACCCCCACCUGCAUGAAUACCUCCUGGACCCCUACACCAACCUGGCCCCCAGCUGCCGGUCCCUCUUCUCCGUCAUCGUCAGGGUGGUCGGGGACCUCAUGUUGAGGAUUCAUCGCAUUCCCGAUUUCACCCCCAAACUUCUGCUGGUGAGAAAGAGACUGCUGGGACUGGAGCCUGAGGGGCCAGGCAUCGACCACUUGACCCUGCUGGAAGGCGUGAUCGUCCUGGAGGAGUUCUGCAAGGAGCUGGCGGCCGUCGCCUUCGUCAAAUUCCACGCCGCCUCCUCCCCCUAGCAACGGGGUUCCACGCUCAUCAGCUCUCAGAUCUCCAGCCCAGCGGACAGGAGGACAGUUUCGGGGGAGUGAGAUGGGGGGGUGUGAAAUGACAUGAACCCGAAACCCAUAUACUUUCAGGGAAGGAUAAGUGGAGGAUGUCUGACAUCUGGACUCCUUGUGAGUGACUGGGCAAAAUGGGUGAAUACAGGAUGUCUACUUUCUUUUUUUUCCUUUUACUUGUCUGGACUGGGAUUGGGUUGGAAAAGGAAUAGUCUCUCACAGCUGAGUCUCUCUCUCUCUAAAUGCUUUUCGGUCCUGUCCAGCCCCGCUUUCUGCCUUCAUAUGCAAUAUUACUGCCUUCUCACAUCCAAACCGGGAAAUUGUCCUCAAGGGGGAGCUCUUACCUUCAAAUGCGAUUUUAUUUGGAAGACUUCCAAAACAGAUUUUUUUUUUAUAUUUCUUAUGUUUCCAAUGUCUAACGAUAUGUAAAAAAUAAUUUUAAGAACUCAAAGAUCUGUUAAAAGAGUAAAAGUUAAAACGGAAAGGCCAAACCAAUGCCUACAAGAUCACCUGAGGGUAAAAAAAGGAAUUCCACUGCCAUGGUUUUGGAGGCCUGCUUCUGCAGCAGAGCUGUGUCAAUGUAAAGCUGAUGAUCAUGCACUGAGCUGUGGAACCGUUGCAGCAAAACCCCGGUUUUGAAACAGACCAAAGCGGUGCCGAAGUUUGGCUGAGGAUUGGUGCAGGGUGGCUCUUGGGCCGCAAGAUCAUACUCCUGACUCGGCCUGUCAGUGCGAGUAUCCUCCUGCCUGAAGUGUGGAAUCUGCUGAGGGUUUUGAGUUAAAUUGACAGUGCGCUUGGCCCCUCAUACAGUACCGUGGAAAACUGUUUUAAAUGUUAACAUUUUAAAAAAAUAAUAUUUUUUUUGUCCAUUUGACUCCUCUCCUCACUGUACACUUGUGUUGUCUGUGCCUUUGAAGUGGUUAUGAUGUAAGUACAGUAUUACAUUUUUCAAAAUUGUAUUUCUGGGUAUUGUCCUAAACAUGUUAUUUAUAAGGGAAAAAAUUAUUGGUUUGUGAGGGUCGUGAAGUGAUUUGUAGGGGUUUAAUAUGGAUUUUGUUUACAGCUCUAACAGGUGACCACUAGCUGUACUGCUCUGUAUUGAUUAAACUGAAUCUGAAGACAAAGGUUUGAGAUUCAGGUGAAUAGAUUCUACAACAACUGGGGUCAGUGGCUUUCCACCAGAACAGCGGUCCACACCGGAUCGCCCCAUGUUUGGAACGCAGUGAAAUCGGAGUCCAUCCUUUCAGGACACCAGCGAGAAUCCCUGGGAGAUCUCAGCUGGUCUUCGAACCCCCAACCUUCCGGGGCCAGCUCAGAACUGGCAGGGACCACACGGCCAGCAAUCGUUCUGUAACCGUACGGCUGUGGCUAACGCACCAGAAAGCUCUUCUGGGCAGUGUCUGAGCAGAGGUCGAAUCGGAUUAGCGGUCAGCCAGGAUCGUUUUUCAAUUUCCCGUACAAAACACCCGUUCUCCGCCCUCCCUGUUUUUAUAGCGUCUGUGCAAGGAUUGCAGCCUUUUAAGUGUUAAAUAAUAAUUGCACAUAGAUUUCAUCAUUUUUAAAUUCUGACCAGCUUCUCAUACCCUUGACAGGUUGGCCAUUAUCUGUGUUUUUGUACUGUGCAAUUUUUUCAUGAACCAAAAAAAAAACUUAAGAGACAAGUUUCAGGAGUGGUUGUGCCAGAAAGGGGGGAGGAAAAGAAAAGGCAUAUUUGUGAUCAUAUUUUUAUCCAUGCACAUUUUAUACCAAUAGUCACUGUAAAGCUUUGACAGACUUGUAAAUAGGUAAAUGUAAAAUUGUGGGAGUUGCGAUGACUCGACUAGUCAACUGGUAAUGCAUGCAUGUACAUAAUGUAGAUUUCUCAAGGCUUUGUCAUGAUGAAUGCAUUGUUCUCAUGCAGUUUCUUACACAGCAUCAGUGUAGUAAUACUGCUGCUGUGUAGUGGAAACGGCGUAUAGUUUUUGCUGUCCAUACCGUGUUUUCACUGCAGCACUUCUUCCUGACAUUGGGGUGCAGUUGCCUUACUUAAGUGUUACUCCACACUCGCAGCUUUGUUUCCACGGUGAAGGUUUUCAUGGUUUCCAUGUCAUAGCAUAACAAUGUUCUAAGAAGACUUGCUUUGUUUAAUUUCUUUUGACAGUCGGUGCGAAAAGUGACCCACCGCAAUUUCUGUUGCGCCUUGAGGUGACAAGGUGUGACUCCUGUAUUUUUUCUGUGUACAGUUUGGAUGUAGACCAACCACUGUUAAAAUCGGCGAACUUUUACUUCUGUUGAUUUGCUGUACACGGCUUGUGGAGUUUGGGUCGGAAGAGGAAGCCGGAUCUGAUGGCCCACUGUCUGUUUCUGCACACAACCUGCCUCCUAGCAUUUCAGUAUUAAGUGUUUUAUUAUUAAUAGCGUGCUACAUUUUAUUCAUUUUAGAGGGGGAUAAAACGACAUAUCAAAUUAACCGGUGUUAUGCUCCCAGCACCCUCUGCAGUUGGCUAGCCAAUCCUGAGCUGGGCCAACCACAUCUGAUCACUCCUGCACUUUAUACUUUUUCAUCUCUCUCCAUCUGUCUCUCUCUCUUUCACUCUCAUUCUCUCACAUGCUACCUGUGUACAGUGCUUUUCAGAGCCACAACAUGUGCUGGUUGCUUUGCAUUAUUGCUAUUGUAAGUUACUUUAACAGUCUCUGAGUCAUUAAAGUUCUUGAAGGCA